GAAUUCUUUUUUAGAAAAAUAUGUUAUUCGCUAAUUUUCAUUUUUGCAUUAAACAACCAAGUGAUUUGGUCGCAAAAUAGAAUAAUUGGUGGAGAUGAAAUUGAAAUAACACAAGCACCAUAUAUGCUAUUUUUUAUACUACCAACAACAAAUCCAAAUAAGACCAAUGCUUGUGGUGCCGGAAUUAUUAGCAAUGAAUGGGCACUUACUGCUGCACAUUGUUUUUUAAAUCCUGAUCUUGAUGCAAAUAAUAUGCGAGUCAUUGCUGGCACUUCUAAUCUCAGAAAUAGAACAAUAACGGCAAAAAGAUAUAACGUGACUAAAUAUAUUCAGCAUGAGAAAUUUAUUGGUCUAAGUUCUAAAAAAUCUACAGAAAAUGAUAUUGCGGUGAUCAAAAUUAGUCCGCCAUUAGAGUUUAAUAAGGCAAUAAGACCCUUAAAGUUACCUGAGAAGGGAAAACCUCUUAAAAUCGAUUAUGUCACUAUUGCCGGUUGGGGAAAAACAGACGUACAAGGAAAUGGAUCCUUAAUAUUACGUCAGGUUCGAUUGCCGAGAAUGGGGACUUUAAAAUGUAUAAUACUUUAUGGUUUACGAGGUGUACAAAUUCAUAAAGACGAACUUUGUUACGGAUUUCAUAAUAAAACCGUAACUAAAGACAAAUGCCAAGGUGACUCUGGUGGUCCAUUAGUUAAUAAAGAUGGAAUUGUGGUUGCAAUAGUUUCGAAAGGUGCAGCUUGUGGAACACUGGGACUUCCUGGAAUUGAUACAAAUGUUUUAUAUCAUCGCGAUUGGAUCAAAAAGAAAACCGGAGUUUAAAAUUGAAAUAUAUAUAUAUGUAGACGUCCACAUAAAAAGGGCCCAUAUUGUCGGUUCUUGUUUUCGAGAUAAUCGCAAUUUA